GGGCUGCUGGCCGGCCUGCCCCGCUUCGGCAGCCUGAGCCCGCCGCCGCCGCCGCCCGGGCUCUACUUCAGCCCCAGCGCCGCGGCCGUGGCCGCCGUGGGCCGCUACCCCAAGCCCCUGGCCGAGCUGCCCGGCCGGACGCCCAUCUUCUGGCCCGGGGUGAUGCAGAGCCCGCCCUGGAGGGACGCGCGCCUGGCCUGUUCCCCCCAUCAAGGAUCCAUUUUGUUGGACAAAGAUGGGAAGAGAAAACACACCAGACCGACCUUCUCCGGCCAGCAGAUCUUCGCCCUGGAGAAGACUUUCGAGCAAACCAAGUACUUGGCGGGACCCGAGAGAGCGCGCUUGGCCUAUUCUUUGGGGAUGACGGAGAGUCAGGUCAAGGUCUGGUUCCAGAACCGCCGGACCAAAUGGAGGAAGAAGCACGCGGCCGAGAUGGCCACGGCCAAGAAGAAGCAGGACUCGGAGACCGAGCGGCUCAAGGGGGCCUCGGAGAACGAGGAGGAGGACGACGACUACAACAAGCCGCUGGACCCCAACUCCGACGACGAGAAGAUCACCCAGCUGCUGAAAAAGCACAAGUCGAGCGGCGGCGGCGGCGGCCUCCUGCUGCACGCGGCGGAGGCCGAGGGCUCGUCGUGAGCGCGCCGCGCCCCGCGGGGACCCCGGCCCCCGCCCCGGCCCCCGCCGCUCGCCGGGCCUCCCCUGUUUUCUAAGAUGUACAUAUCUAUUUUUUUAAGCUAGAAAUUGUGGCGGGGGGUGGCGUGGGGGCGGGCAGGACGGCGUACUGAGGACAAACAGAAACAGACAGACAGACAGACAGACUCGCCGCCGAACACGCCCGCGGCUUCCCAGAACCCAUCCGCGGCGGCCGGGCCCCCUCAGCCCGGCUCGGCCUCGGGCUCCGCGGGCCCCGGGCUCCGGGCUCCGGGCUCCGGGCGAGGCCUCUGCCAGCUCGGCAGCCACCGCCCGGCGGGACUCUCGGAGCGAGCCGCGGCGGGCGUCCGCCUCCUAGGGACAAAAAGGGGGACCCCCGCCCCCCCAACUGCUCGACAGUAACCUGUUGAAGGCUCCCUGUAAAUAAACCGCGAGCCACAGCGACCAGGAGUUGCCGCAUUGUGAAUAUUUAAAGUGUAAAAUGCCUUUUGGAAUUCGGUAUCGAGAGAUGGACCUUCCCUCCCAUUGGCCUGAGACGCAUUCCCACGACGCGGCCGCUCCUCGCCGCUAACCCGGAACCGUCGAGAACGCCGGCGCCCUCCUCGGCCGCCCUCCGCCGGCUCCGGACCUGUCCUCCGCGCUUUUCUCCUCCGCCCGGUCCCCGCCUGGGCCAGCAGACCUUGCCAGGCCGCCACCCCACCCGCCCCGCGCCGCCCCAGGACCUGAAGCCCGAGGUCCCGGACCCCGCGAGCGUCUCACACCGGCCUCUGGGGUCCCCUCCGAAAUUGCACAGUCGUUUGUUGCUAUUUAUUAGUGAUUUAAAGAAAAUACCGGGGAGGGAGGGGCUACGAUGUCUUGUAUUUAAUUUAACUCUUUUCUGAUUAAAAAAAAAAAUAUGCGUGUUAAAAGUAGAUGGUGGGAAUUGUUACAAGCGCUCCGGGUCAGAACAUAAACAUUUCCUUUAGUUGCUGUAAUUGAAUUCGAGGUGUUUUGUAUCAUAAGAAUACUAUAGAAUAUGUAAAUUGUUUUCUGUUAAAGCUAAUAACGAUGAUAUAUUAGCCUCCUUAACAUUUAUUAAUUUAUACGAGGAAUUCGGUUUGUAAAGAAAAGGCAGCCCCUUUGCGACGAGACCCAUGAAAUGUAAUGCACUUUCUGUUUCAAAGGAUAAAUCGAAUUAAAAACAGCAACAAAAAAUAGUUUGAAGACGUCUGUUGCCUUGUGGGAACGGGUGCAGGUCACCCGGUCUCAGCGGAGAUCUCAAAUAAAAGUCAAGAGCA